GUAAGAAGCAGAGAAUCGAAGAGGAUAAAACCCCAAGGACAGAAGUCAGCGAGCCAGGAAGAAGAGAGACCGGAAAGAUGGCAGCGUCGCUUCAAGCUGCGGCCACGCUAAUGCAGCCCGCCAAGGUGGGUGUCUCGGCCCGGACCAGCCUUCCCCUCAGAUCAUCUUCCCACGUCUCCAGGGCCUUCGGCUACGAGCCGGCCGCCGCCAGGCUCACCUGCUCCGUCCAGGACGACCUCAGAGACUUUGCUCAGAAGUGCGCUGACGCCACCAAGAUCGCCGGCUUCGCCCUCGCUACCUCCGCCUUGAUCGCUUCGGGUGCAAGCGCGGAGGGCGUGCCGAAGCGGCUGACGUACGAGGAGAUCCAGAGCAAGACGUACAUGGAGGUGAAGGGGACAGGGACGGCGAACCAGUGCCCGACGAUCGACGGCGGAGUGGAGUCCUUCGCCUUCAAGCCCGGCAAAUACAACAUGAAGAAGCUGUGCCUCGAGCCCACCAGCUUCACGGUGAAGGCCGAGGGCGUUAACAAGAAUGCGGCCCCGGAGUUCCAGAAGACCAAGCUGAUGACCCGGCUCACCUACACCUUGGACGAGGUCGAAGGUCCCUUCGAGGUUGCCGAGGAUGGCUCCGUCAAGUUCGAAGAAAAGGACGGCCUCGAUUAUGCGGCCGUCACCGUUCAGCUCCCCGGAGGCGAGCGCGUUCCCUUCCUCUUCUCCAUCAAGCAGCUCGUGGCCUCCGGCAAGCCCGACGGCUUCGGCGGGGAGUUCCUCGUCCCCUCGUACCGUGGCUCCUCCUUCUUAGACCCCAAGGGUCGCGGUGGCUCUGCCGGCUACGAUAACGCCGUCGCUCUCCCCGCCGGAGGAAGGGGAGAUGAGGAGGAUCUGACGAAGGAGAACAUCAAGGACAGCUCCUCGUCCACCGGCAAGAUCACGCUGAGCGUCAGCAAGAGCAAUCCUGCGACAGGCGAGGUGAUCGGCGUGUUCGAGAGCCUCCAGCCAUCGGAUACAGACCUGGGAGCGAAGGUGCCCAAGGAUGUGAAGAUCCAGGGUAUCUGGUACGCCCAGCUCGAGUAGUAGAGACUAGAGACACACAAUACCCUCUUCACACCCGAUCCCGCUCCUUCACUUUCUCUCUUUUCCCUCCUUUCCUUUUUCUUUUCUUGUGAAUGUAAUGAAACAUACUUGUGCUUUUUUUCCGGCAACGCUGUAACUUUUAAGACUUGGGAGUUCGCA